AUGUCCAAUGUAGCUAUCAAACAGAUAUCGCAAGGCGCGGAUCGCUUUGCGAAUCUGUGCAGAGAAUUCAUCAAAAAACUGAUCGAUUUGGGAGUUGCCACCGGGUCACUACCUACGGCGAGGAAUCCAAACAGGGUCGAACUUAAAAAGGUACUUCUCAGCGCCACCCGGGGAAGGUCUGUCACUAGCUUCGUGCGAUCCUUAAGUUUAACCGAUAAACGACACCUCUUGACGAUGAUGCACAUGGAAUGCCCGGUCACAUGCCCAAACAGGAAAAUUAUGCUACCCCCGGUAGAAUCGAUGCCAAGCAAAGUCAUGAAGUCGGCCAAACAAUUGCGCAAUUUCUUUGGAAUACCCGAAACGCAAGUAUGCCGUGGAUGCGUCAAGCGGGGUAGAUGCAGGAGGUAUCAACAGGUCGAGAGAGACACGCCUGAUCUAAGUGAUAUUGCUGCCAUGCUGAUAGGUGUCUAUUCAACGUGUAAACUGAGUUUGCAAGGAUCGCCGCUAGUCAUUGCCGAAGCAUCGCUCAAGGAACUGCCUUCGGUCACGUCAGUGGUUGACGCGCUAUCAUCGUACAUCCAAGCAUCUCCACAUAGUACAGAUGGUCCUAGUUUAGAAGGCAGAGACCGUCAGCGUCUCCUGCAAAAGUACAAAAAACUGAAAGAGAUGCGAAAGGUAGAACUUCUGAAAGAGAAGGUUUUCAACUUGCCUACAAGUUUCGGUGUUAACCCUGAAGAGCGCACCUAUAUGACAAGUUUCCAGAGAGCUGUUUACAGCAAGCUUCACAAAUCAUCGGGGAAACGAAAGGAAGAUGAAGGCAUCUGGUUGGCGGACCGCGGGGACACCACUUUGCCGGAUGACACUAAUGCGACUUUAAAGGGACUUCCUAAGUUAAACGACGUUGAGUUGGACAAAAAUUGUGAGAUAUCACCUUCGGAUACUGCAGAAUCGGGGGACGUACAAGAACUCAAUCCUGCAUUCGUGCAAUUCAGGAUGACAUAUGAUACUCCGAUUGGUAGAGAUGUUGACCUGUUACGUUAUGAUUUAGUCCAAGACGCUUUUAUCCAGGGGAUAAAGGUAAAUGCAAAGGGAAGGGUGGUUGUCGAUCUAGAAAAGCAUCAAUCGGGAUAUAAGCAAGAGGGUAUUGAGAUUGCACAGGGUGUAGAAAGCUACCGACCGGUAUCGCAGCAUAAGAUCUCUCAUAGUGCGAUUGUUGUGGACAAUUUGCGAACAAAUUCUGGUAGAUUGUCAUUCCUCAAACGGGUGCAUUAUACUUACCAGUGCCAAAGCUCUGGUGCUACGGAGCAGCAGGAAGGAAAGCGUGAAAGCGAGGCAAGAGGCCUAUAUGACGUCGCCACGGCCCUAAGUUCGUAG